GAGUGCCUCGGCACACGAAGUAUAAAAUUCUUCUUGACAAGACGUUUUCAAGUCUGCUGAAGUGUCCUCUGGUCUGGAAAGGAGCAGCUAACUCAACUGGCAUCCAGUGCCCCUCCUCUUCCUCUGUGACUUCCCAGCUCCCCGCUUCCUUUCCCAGCUAACGGGAGGGAUUUACAAGUAGAUCUCAAGGAACUUACUGUGAUAGUCAUUAUUGUUUGGAGUCAACCAGCACUCGGGCAAAGAUGAACUGGAAACAAAUCCUUUUUCUCUCCUGCCUGGCAACUUUUGUGCUCUUGACUGUACUUGAGGAGAGCGACACCGCUGCUGUGGGUUCCAGGAAAGCAGAUGGGGAAGAAAAUAAGGAAAGUCUGAAAAAGAUUUUCAUACAAGAAUCAGAUGCCUCUAACUUCUUCAAAAAGCGCAGCAGGAGAUCUACCAGCUCCAUAGACGAGCUCAAUGUGGAGACACGGCAAAUGCUGGCCGCUGACGAGCAGAGGAGGGAGUAUUUUGAGGAGCAAAGGAAUGAGCACGAGAACUUUGUUGAAGAAGAACAUCACGAGCAGAACGAGAGAACCCGGGAACAGACUGAGCAGUGGCGCCAAUAUCACUAUGAUGGUCUCUACCCAUCUUACCUGUAUAACCGCCAUCACAUCUAAGUCUGUGACAGAGGGAACUUGAAGAGUUAAACAUUUGCUGAUCAAGCCAUUUACAGGAUACCUGAAAGGCAACAUUUCCAAAAUCUUGAUCAUGUUAUGGAUCCCCCUGUGGAAUCUAUUCCAUUAAGCCCCUUUAUUUGCAUUGGCUUCAUUUUACCAGGUAGAGCUUCUCAUAGGGUGCUGCUUUGCUUUAUAUUUUGAGGUGCUUGUAUGUAUGACAAAAGCUGGACUUAGCACAUGAAAGGGGAACAAGGCGGAUAAAAUGAAGUCCUUGAGACUUGUCUGAAUCAGGGUAGUUUAGGUCACUCCGUCUCUGUUCCAUGUAAACCAAGUAAAAGGGUUUUUUUGUUGUUUUUUUUUUAAAUCACUAUAUUUGGAGGGAUCAGCAAGAAGAAAAAUCCAUGUUUGCUGAAAUCCCAGUCUCUGUAAUGUUUUACCUUAAGUAAAAAAAAUGGUGCUGUA